AUGGGGAAAAACGUUUGGUCCUUUACUAAAGUGACCUUGGCGUUAUUUUUAAGCAGUCUUGGGAUGAUACGUGGAGAAACUUUCUUUGGAAAACCGUCUGGAAGGGCCUCUGAUGGUCGUCUUAUCAUUGAUUUCAUGUCCGAGGAGUUGGGUUUAACCUCCUACUUAAGACCAUAUAUAUACUCACUUGGCUUUGAUAGUUUCAGCAAUGGAGCCAAUUUUGCAACGGGAGGAUCAUCAAUUCAAAAAGGCGGUUAUAGCCCAUUUCAUCUAGACGUUCAAAUUUCACAAUUCCGACAAUUUAAAGCUCGAGACAUCGACAUUGAUAACUCUACCCAACAUGAAAAGGGUCAGAAUCAAUUGUACUACCCUUGUAAAGCCGAUUUGCCGAAACCAGAAGAUUUCUCGAAGGCUCUAUACACAUUCGACAUCGGACAAAACGAUCUUGCAUUUGGUUUGGGAAAUUCAUCAGAAAACGAAACACUAGCUUCCAUACCUAAUAUCCUUGAUCUAUUCUCCACAGCAGUACAGCAACUUUACAGUGAAGGUGCAAGGGUGUUUUGGUUGCAUAACACCGGACCUUUUGGAUGUUUACCUGACAGGAACAGUAAGUACCCUAAGAAACCAGGUGUUUUGGACAAGAAUGGGUGUGUGAUACCUUUGAAUAAGAUAGCUCAAGAAUUCAAUAUGCAACUCAAGUCCAAGUUAAUCCAACUCAAGGCCAGCCUCACCGGUGCAGCCUUCACAUAUGUUGAUGCUUAUACAGCCAAAUUCAACCUUGCCAAGGCUCAAGGUUUUGUUGAUCCCCUAGACUUUUGCUGUCGUGAAAAGGUAGUUGUAAACGGGACGGAGCAUGGCGGCCCUUGUGCAAAUCCAACGAAACAUAUAAGCUGGGAUGGUACACAUUAUACGGAGGCAGCUAACAGAUGGGUUUCUAAGUUCAUUUUAAAUGGUUCUAUGUCAGAUCCAUCGAUUCCGAUCAAUCGAGCUUGUCAUGCUUAA